AUGUCUCCAGUGAGGAGUACGGCAUCACCUCUAUACAUUAAUAUUCUGUUACUCAGUCGGAGUACAGGAGUGGAUUGGAUCAUCGUUAAGAAAUUUUUCCUGAUUGCCUUUGCUGUGAUCGCAGCUGUAGCUGCUGAUGUCAGCCACUUGCCUUCAAACGAAUACUUGCCCCCCGUACAAGAGGCCGCUCCAGUUGCUGCUCCCACCAGCGAGUACUUGCCCCCUGUCCAACAGGUUGCUCCAGUUGAAUCUGCUCCCGCUCAUGAAUUGGCCGAUGAUGGUUACCGUUACAAGACCAACCGUCGUGUUGUAUACCGUCGCAACCGUCGUGAUGUCAGCCACUUGCCAUCCAACGAAUACUUGCCCCCUGUACAACAAGAAGCUGCUCCCGUAGUUGCUCCCACCAACGAAUACUUGCCCCCUGUCCAACAGGUUGAAUCUGCUCCCGCUCAUGAAUUGGCCGAUGAUGGUUACCGUUACAAGACCAACCGUCGCGUUGUAUACCGUCGCAACCGUCGUGAUGUCAGCCACUUGCCCUCCAACGAAUACUUGCCCCCUGUACAACAAGAAGCCGUUGAAGUUGCUCCCGUCCAAGAAGUUUCCAACGCUGUUGUAGAAGAAGCUGUCCCCGCUCACGAAUUGGCCGAUGAUGGUUACCGUUACAAGACCAACCGUCGUGUUGUAUACCGUCGCAACCGUCGUGAUGUCAGUCACUUGCCCUCCAACGAAUACUUGCCCCCUGUACAAGAAUCUGCCCCCGUUGUAGAUGCUCCCGUCCAAGAAUUCGCCGUUGUUGAAGAAGCUGCCCCCGCCCACGAAUUGGCCGAUGAUGGUUACCGUUACAAGACCCACCGUCGCGUUGUAUACCGUCGCAACCGUCGUGAUGUCAGUCACUUGCCUUCCAACGAAUACUUGCCCCCUGUACAAGAAGCCGCUCCCGUUGAAGUUGCUCCCGUCCAAGAAUACGCUGCUGUAGAAGAAGCUGUCCCCGCCCACGAAUUGGCCGAUGAUGGUUACCGUUACAAGACCCACCGUCGCGUUGUAAUCCGUCGCAACCGUCGUGAUGUCAGCCACUUGCCCUCCAACGAAUACUUGCCCCCUGUACAAGAAUCCGCUGCCGUUGAGGUUGCUCCCGUCCAAGAAGUCGCUGUUGUAGAAGAAGCUGUCCCCGCUCAUGAAUUGGCCGAUGAUGGUUACCGUUACAAGACCAACCGUCGUGUUGUAUACCGUCGCAACCGUCGUGAUGUCAGUCACUUGCCCUCCAACGAAUACUUGCCCCCUGUACAAGAAUCUGCUCCCGUUGAUGUUGCUCCCGUCCAAGAAGUCGCUGUUGUAGAAGAAGCUGUCCCCGCUCACGAAUUGGCCGAUGAUGGUUACCGUUACAAGACCCACCGUCGCGUUGUAUACCGUCGCAACCGUCGUGAUGUCAGCCACUUGCCCUCCAACGAAUACUUGCCCCCUGUACAAGAAUCCGCUCCCGUUGAAGAAACCCCCGUUGUUGUCAACGUAGUCGAAGAAGCUGUCCCCGCUCACGAAUUGGCCGAUGAUGGUUACCGUUACAAGACCCACCGUCGCGUUGUAUAUCGUCGCAACCGUCGUGAUGUCAGCCACUUGCCCUCCAACGAAUACUUGCCCCCUGUACAAGAAGCCGCUCCCGUUGAAGUUGCUCCCGUCCAAGAAGUCGCCGUUGUUGAAGAAGCUGUCCCCGCCCACGAAUUGGCCGCUGAUGGUUACCGUUACAAGACCAACCGUCGCGUUGUAUACCGUCGCAACCGUCGUGAUGUCAGCCAUUUGCCCUCCAACGAAUACUUGCCCCCUGUACAACAAGAAGCUGUCGUAGCUGCCCCCACCAACGAAUACUUGCCCCCUGUCCAACAAGACGAAGCUGUCCCAGCCCAUGAAUUGUCUGCUGAUGGUUACCGUUACAAGACCCAACGUCGCGUUGUCUACCGUCGUCAUUAA